AUGGGUCAGCAAUUGCGUCGAGCCGUUGGGAGAAUCAAACAAGUUGAGAGAUCACCUUCUUCUACAUCAAGGGUCGCCGUCGAUCGGAGAUCUCUUCCCAAGGAUGACCUCAGCGCCGGGAAAUCUCCGUCUAUUACCGCCGUUGAUCCUGUUUCUGAUGAAGCUCGAAGAACCAAUGAGGAUAAUGCUUUAGAAGAACGAGACGCCCAAUACGAUACAAUGUUGAAUCAAAUGGUGGGGAGAAUAAAGGCUAAACCUGGAGGCAAAGCUGAGAUGGGAGAGGCAGCGGUAGUGGAGACAUCUAAAAGGCCACUCCCAAAGCUUCGGAACACAACUCCUGAAUCAACAAGGUAUGAGGAAAAACCGGUACCUCAAGGAACAUUGAACGUGGCACAAGUGCGACACAUCAUGCUUCUCUAUCAGGGCAAGGCUCAGGAUCACAACGGUCCAAUGAGUGUGAACGAGAUAGCUGAAAAGUACCGAAUUGAUGCUUCUCAGGUCCAGAAAAUCACCCAGUUCCUGUCUUUGCCUCCAGAGGUUACUAAUAGGCAGAAGAAGCAAUAUGAUUAA